GCAUGUGGCUGAGUGUGUUUCAAUAUUAUUUUUAUAGUGGGUUGAAUAGUUUUUAAGUGCUCUAAUGAUCAUUACGAAUACAAUAUGAGUACAAAUAGAGUGCAAAUAAUUUCCAUCUUCAUAGUGUCGUCACUUUGGUUGAAUCAACCAGUAAUCAGUAAAAGCCAAGAAAACCCAACCCACCGAUUAAACACUGAAGCAAUAAUUGACGAUUCCAGUGCUGAAGACACUCAUUUGCCAUAUGCCAAUAAACAUUUACUCACGUACGAGGAUUCUAAUAAGCAGACAAAAAAUGAAAGCGCUUUACGCACUAAGAACGACUUGAAAACAUAUAAGGAAAAUGAAAGCACUACAAACGAUGCUAAAUCGGUUAUUGGCACUGUGUUUAAUACUAAGAAUGAUAAUAAGACAUUGGCAAGGGAAACUGAAGAUGCGUGCUUUGAACUCUCACCAAGUAGUUGUGAGAAAACUGAGGACAACUGUCAAUUUUCAAAAGCGAGAAUCGGAAGAAAUUGA